GAUGGUAGCCAGCUGGAGGAGGAGAAGAAAAGGUCCCCCAAAGCUGAGCGUUGCCAGGGAAACACUAUAGCUUGGUUCCUUAGGUGGAAAAAGUGAAGCCGGUCCGGAGAAUAUCUCCCCUCCUCGGGUACCCCAGAUUGUUACGCCAACAUGGGGGUAUCUUUUCCGCUUACCGCAGAGGAGUAGGGAAACAGCCUCUCGGAUCCUAGCGUGGAAGAGAAAGGCCAGGAACACGAAGGUGACUGCAUUUCUUGUGAGAUUGUAAAUGUACCAUGGAAGUUAAAAGUAGCUUAAGAAGAAUGGAAAAAGGCCAACUAGAAGCCUCAAAUCUUCCAUCAGAAGUCUGGCAUUCUGAGGUGACAGUGUCAGUGACAGGCGAGCCACCUGGUGCUGUAGAAGAAGAAGAAGAAACAGCUGAAGAAACAAACAUAGAAAUCAUCCCGGAAAUCAUAGAACCACUCUCCAUUCUAGAUGUGCUGAGGAUCUCCGCAGUUCUGGAGGAUACCACAGAUCAGCUCUCUAUUCUAAACUAUAUCAUGCCAGUUCAGUAUGAAAGAAGACAAAGUGUCAACAUGAAGAAAAAUAAAGAAAUCAACUUUGAAGGAAAGACCUUAGAAAAACUUUCAGAUGACCCAAAAACCUCAAAAAUAACCAGUCCAUUCUUACCUAAAGAAGAAACCAAGUUGCCAGAAAUCAGACAAGGAAGCCAAUUGGCCAACGGAUUUAACAAAACGCAAGAUCUUGUCUUCAAAAAACCUAUAAGACAGACCAUAAUGUCUACGGAGACACUGAAGAAAAUUCAGGUAGAUAGGCAGUUUUUCAGUGACAUAAUUACAAAGACCAUGCAGGAGCUGCAGGAGUCAGGCACUUUCACCAGUCUCUUGGAAGCUUUGGGCAAAGAGAGGGAAAACAGAAAGCAUUUCUAUGAUAUCAUUGCCAGGGAGGAAAAAGGAAGAAAACAGAUAAGAUCUCUUCAAAAACAGCUACUUAACGUCAAAAGAGAACGGCAAGCUGAGGUACAGAGUCGGAAUGAAUAUAUUGCUCACCUCAAGGACCAGUUGCAAGAGAUGAAGGCAAAAACCAACCUGGAGAAUCGCUAUAUGAAGAGAAACACUGAGCUGCAGAUCUCCCAGACCCAGAAGAAAUGUAACAGAACAGAGGAGCUCUUGCUAGAAGAGAUAGAGAAACUAAGGUUGAAAACCGAAGAAGAGAAUCGGAUUCAUAUGGAAAUUGAAACAUUCCUUAGAAAGGAGCAGCAGAAACUUGAGGAGAAGCUAGAGUUCUGGAUGGAGAAAUUUGAUAAGGACACAGAAAUGAAACAGAAUGAACUAAAUGCUCUCAAAUCUGCUAAGGCCAGUGACUUAGCACACCUUCAAGACCUUGCAAAAAUGAUAAGGGAGUUUGAACAGGUCAUCAUUGAAGAUCGGAUAGAAAAGGAGAAGACCAGGAAGAAGACAGAACAGGAUCACUUGGAACUCAAGAGCGUCUUACAGCUCCAGGCCUGGUGGCGAGGCACUAUGGUACGGAGGGAACUUGGUGGUUUCAAAAUGCCUAAGAAGGACAAAGAUGAUAUCAAGGAUUCCAAAGGUAAAGGCAAAGACAAGAACAAGCGGAGAGGCAAGAAAAAGUGACAUUCUCUUGCCUUUUCCUCUGGUAUUCUGGAGCUGGGAAGGUGGACUUGAAAACAUUUUACCAGUGCAGAGAACUCAUCUACAGGUUGUUUCUUAUUUGGACAUUUCCAGGUGCUGCCUGGUGUUUUCACUUUGCCUGUUGUAUUAGUUUGCAAACCCUGAAUUAGGACUAUACUGUUGACUUAGGGCUUCUUUUGAGAAACUUGGUGGGAAGUAUUUCUAGGAGGCUUAUGAAGAUUCUUCUUGCUCUUUCUUACUAGAAAAAAGUCAAGGGCUUAGUUAUUGUGAUGCAUUAAAACUUCAGUAAUUUCUGUAAUGUUCCUGAUUCUAUCAUUUGUCUACAGUGAAAAAACUCUUUAUGAGCAAAAGUGUUCAGUCAGAAUUCCAAGACGAUGCUUAUAAAGUGUCUAGCAUAAUAUAGACACAGUGAAGUUCCACAGGUUGGUUCCUUUCUGCCUUUUAGAUUUGUUAUCACUUUAGUGUUUUUGUUGGGGUGGUGGCAGCAUGGAAUAUGUAUCUUACUAUAAGCUGCUUCAGCUCCUUUUCUGGGAAAUAGGUAGGGAUAUAAAUUAUAAAUUAAAAAGAUAAAUAAUGAAUUAGAAUAAACAGAUACGAGAUGUUAGGGUGUACAACCCACACACAGUAAAGUUGGGGGACACAGGCCUGCUGGAAGACUAGCUUGGAGAGAUUUUCGAUCAUGAGACACCAGGGUCUAUGCCUGCUUUGCUUCCUCAACAAUUUUCACCUUGCAGGAUAUUAAGACUAAAACAGUAAGGAUAAUCCAAACAGAAUGUCUUGGGGUGCUAAAGCUUUCCCUACAGCAUAGUUGGUAAUUUAUGAAAGAAAAGUGUCCAAAUAUCACAUGUAUUUCAUGAAUUAAGCCUUAUAUGUGAUUCCAAAUAUAGGGAAAUGCUGAUAUCUGUACUUCCUUAGAGUAAAACAAACAAACAAACAAACAAACAAAC